AUGCGCCUCCAUGGUGCUAAUGAAGUCAAAACACCUGCUAGCCCUGUGGGUUUUGGAAGCCAAACAAAGCUUUAUGCUGCCUGGAAAGCUGCAUUUGAUGAAGAAACAAGAGACAGGCCAUAUGGCCAUUAUUUGGUUGCAGGUGUCUCAAAGUACCCGAAAAAGGUGAUCCGUAAGGAUUCAGCAAAGAAGCAGGCGAAUAUAUCUCGUAUGAAGGCUUUCAUCAAGCUCGUGAACUACAACCACAUCAUGCCUACUCGUUACACAGUCGAUGGGGAUCUGAAGGAUGUCGUCAAUGUUGAUGUUCUUCAGGCACGUGACAAAAAGGUGACUGCUGCGAAAGAGACCAAGGUUAGGCUUGAGGAGAGGUUCAAGACCGGGAAAAAUCGCUAG